GAUCUCAGGUUGGGUGUGUGCAGUGCAGCCCCAGCCCCUACACAAAGGGGAGUAACCCAUCACACGGACGCUGUUAUAGUGAAAAAUCACAAAAGAUAGUCGCCAAAAUAAGAAAUAAAACUAUUUUCUGCUGUGAAAAUGUCGUACAUACCCGGUCAGCCUGUCUCAGUGGUUGUGCAACGAAUUGAAAUUCAAAAACUACGAGAUGGGGAUAAUUUAAUAUUAGGGUUCAGCAUCGGAGGAGGAAUCGACCAGGAUUCGAACCAGAACCCGUUCUCUGAAGAUAAAACUGAUAAGGGAAUCUAUGUAACACGUGUGGGUAAAGGGGGACCUGCAGAGGUGGCUGGACUCAGGAUCGGAGACAAAAUCAUGCAGGUGAAUGGGUGGGACAUGACAAUGGUCACACACGAUCAGGCACGAAAAAAACUCACCAAGAAGAACGAAGACGUGGUCAGGCUUCUCGUCACUAGAAGAUCUCUUGAGGAUGUAGUUAGACAUUCCAUGAUGCAAUAACCAACACACUAAUUGAAACAAAUGAAUGUGGUUAUGGGUUUAUCACAAGUUUUGGAGCAUGUUUUAAUAAAAGAAAUGUACACCUUCCCACAACCAAAGAGUGAUGCCAAGAAAUCAUUUCAGACUCUCAUAAUGAACUACAAGAACUUUUCAAUCAGUCACCUCGGUUAUUAUUAUGUUUUUAAUGUAUUGAACUCUGAACCAACAUAUGUAUCUCUAUAAUUACUACUAUUUUAUUAGUAAAUGCAGUAUAUGCAUUCCGUAAUUGACAUAACUAAUUUCAUGUGUGUCUUGAACCAUCUAUACUCUUGAAUGUAAUGUGUAUCUCUGCCUGUUAUUAGUAUUUGCAAAAUCAAGUGAUGCAGGAAAUUAGAACACAUCUCUACUUAUAUGACCACUAAUUUUAAUGUUAUGUUGUGGGUUGUAACACUUUUUUUAUAAUACGAUUUUGCAUUUGAUUAAACAUAUUAGCGCAAUGAUACAAUUGAAUUAUUAUCGCUUUAUGAUCCGCAUCUGAAAGAUAAGCACCUGUAUAGCUGCCAGGCACAAUAACACUGCAAUUUUGUAUUUAGCAAUAGUUAUGUUUUCUUAUUUCACCGUUUUGUUUUAAAAAACCUUUUUGAUACAGACUUUUUGGCAUUUGAUUGUAUAUUUUCACUUUCCCAGAGAAUAAAAGACUCUUCUAUCA